CUUUUGCUUCCAUCUCGCCUCGGGUCUAACCGCGGCCUCGUGCACCAAAAGUCGGUAAUCAUGGUAGCAGCAACGGCAGAGCGCAAGAUCGUCCUCAUCACGGGCUGCAGCGCCGGCGGCAUAGGGUCGGCGCUGGCGCUCGAGUUCCACGCGCGGGGCCACCUCGUCUUCGCCACGGGCCGCACCCCUGCCAAGAUGGCCCACCUGGCCGAGGCGGGCGUCCGGACGCUCGAGAUGGACGUGACGUCGGACGCGUCCAUCGCCGCCGCCGUGCGGGCCGUUAUCGCGGCGCAGCAGCAGGAGACCAGCAGCGGUGUUGGUGGUGGUGGUGGUGGUGGCGGCGACAAGGGCGCGGCUCGGGCGCGGCUCGACGUGCUCGUCAACAACGCGGGCGUCACCUACAUCAUGCCCUUCGCCGACGCCGACAUGGCGCGCGUGCGGGCCGUCGUCGACACAAACGUCACGGGCGUGCUGGCCGUAACGCACGCGCUGCUGCCGCUGCUGGUCGCCGCGCGCGGGCUCGUCGCCACCGUCGGCAGCGUCAACCAGGUCUUCAACCCGCCCUUCCAGGUCCCCUACAACGCGUCAAAGGCCGCGCUGGCCGCCGCCGCGGACACGCUGCGCGUCGAGCUGGCGCCGCUGGGCGUGCGCGUCGUCCACAUAGUGACGGGCGCCGUCGCCACCACGCUCAUGGAGCACAAGGGGGGCGCCGCGGGGCCGGACCUGCUGCCGCCGGGGAGCUGGUACGAGGCCGUGCGGGACGUUGUGGAGAAGCGCACCUUCUUGGAGGCCGGCGGCGUCAAGUUCACGACGCCCGAGGAGUAUGCGCGCCAGGUCGUGCGUGACCUGACCAAGGAGAAGCAGUCGCCCGUGCUGUACCGCGCCGCCUCGGCUGUGUCUGCGAGGAUUCUCAGCAUGUUUAUGUGGCACGGGAUGCUGGAUUCCAUGUUCCGGCGUGUAACAAAACUCAACGCCGUUACGCCCCCAGACCCGGCUGCUAUCAGCACGCGGCAGGACAAGUAGGACGCCAAGCGCCACCAUAACCCACGGCUAAAGCAACGCAGGGUAUACCGAACUGGGGAGUGGCUUAUCUGAUCCUGCACUUGUGGUUCUGCUCCGGUCAAUUAUCAGUUUAUGGUGACGAAUGUGUAGUCUACUUUAGCUAUUUCAUUGUCAUCGUAGUUCCCUUCUCAGUAUAAAUUUAUACUGAAACUCCCAAAUUCCUGCAGCCUGCCACCUAGCCCCCCAACC